GGGGAUACACUAUUGAUGAUGUGACUCAGAAAAAUGAUAUAGGUGGAGAAAUUUAGAGGGAAUCGCUGCGGAUAGCGUUAGGCAUGCCUUCCCCGAUGGCUCGCAUCUUCCACCGCCAUCUCCUCCUCGCCGUCGUCACCUUAGCCGUGGCCGCUUCUCUCCUUCGCCCAGCUGCCGCAGUGCGCCCAUUUGUUUUGGUUCUCUCCGGUGAGGACUUCCUCAAGGAUCCGGCCGCGCACCCGUCCCUUCCCUCUGCCGACUCCGACGACGACGAUGGGUGGGACGACUUCGCCGACGAUUCACCGGCCGCCGACCCGCUACUCUCUCCGUCCUCCUGGGCCCCCCUCCUCGACCCAACCAUCUCUCUCCCCUCUGGCGAUGAGACGGACUCGCCGGCCGACGCGCUCUUCGUCGCGGGCACCCGCGCGAUGCUAUCCGCAGCGUCUGAUGGAGACGACGCGGCGUUCACCACGGCUGCCGCGCAGAUCGAGGCCUCGGCAGAGGCGGGGCACCCGGGCGCGCAGUCUGCGCUCGCGUUCCUUACCGGCGCCGGGAUGACGCGUCCGGCAUCCCGGUCGCUCGCGUUCCUGCUGCACAAGUUCGCCGCCGACGCAGGAGAUCUCCAGUCAAAGAUGGCCCUCGCGUACUCCUACUUCCGCCAGGAGAUGUAUGAAGAAGCUGUUAUACUAUACGCUGAACUUGCAGAAGCUGCCCUAACAAGCUCCUUGAUAUCAAAGGAGCCACCAGUGAUUGAACCAAUCCGUCUUCACAGUGGGACUGAAGAAAAUAAAGAGGCCUUGAGGAAGUCCCGAGGUGAGGACGAUGAAGAUUUCCAAAUCACAGAGUAUCAGGCACAGCGAGGCAACGCUGCCAACAUGUACAAAUUAGGGCUUCUGUAUUACUAUGGACUACGUGGGCUCCGCCGUGAUUAUGGAAAAGCAUUUCAUUGGUUUUCUAAGGCUGUUGAGAAAGGCGAGACACGGGCAUUGGAGCUUCUGGGUGAGAUCUAUGCUAGAGGUGCUGGAGUGGAAAGGAACUAUACUGAAGCGUACAAGUGGUUGGCACUUGCUGCCAAGCAGCAACAUUACUCAGCUUACAAUGGAUUGGGUUAUCUAUAUGUUAAAGGCUAUGGGGUGGAGAAGAAAAACUUGACAAAAGCAAGGGAACUUUUCGAACUUGCAGCCGAGAAUAAGGAAGCCGGUGGACAUUAUAACCUUGGUGUGUUGUAUCUUAAGGGAAUUGGUGUGAAGAGGGAUGUAAUUAGAGCAUGUAAUUUCUUGCUUCAUGCAGUUAAUGCUGGGCAACCAAAAGCUAUUUAUCAGGUGGCGAAGCUGUUCCAGAAAGGCAUUGGUCUUAAGAGGAAUCUCCAUAUGGCAACAAUGCUGUACAAGUCUAUUGCUGAGAGGGGACCCUGGAGUUCACUGUCCAGAUGGGCUCUGGAGUCUUAUUUGAAAGGCGAUGUAGGGAAAGCAUUGCUCUUGUAUUCCAGAAUGGCAGAUCUUGGAUAUGAGGUUGCACAGAGCAAUGCUGCCUGGAUUCUGGAUAGGUAUAGUGAUCAAAGUAUUUGCAUGGGAGAAUCUAGUUUUUGCACAGAUAUGGAAAGACAUCUUCGUGCACAUGCUUUGUGGUGGCAUGCAUCCGAGCAGGGUAAUGAGCAUGCUGCUUUGUUGAUUGGCGAUGCCUACUACUAUGGCCGGGGCGUCGCAAGGGACUAUGAACGUGCAGCAGAGGCAUAUAUGCAUGCUCGGUCACAGUCUAAUGCUCAAGCUAUUUUUAACCUUGGGUACAUGCAUGAGCAUGGUCAUGGACUCCCCCUUGAUUUGCACUUGGCAAAAAGAUAUUAUGAUCAAGCCGUUGAGGUGGAUUCAGCUGCUAAGCUCCCUGUCAUGCUUGCAUUAACAAGUUUAUGGCUAAGGACGAACUAUGCAGACAGUUUUUUGGUUGGUUUUAUCGAUUCACUUCCAGAAAUGUAUCCUGUUGUUAAGGAAUGGGUGGAAGAUGUUCUCAUGGAUGAAGGGAAUGCAACAAUUUUGACUCUCUUUGCUUGCCUUGUAACUGUCCUCUACUUGCGAGAACGCCAAAGGCGUCAAGUAGCAGCAGCAGCCAACCCCCUAACAACAUGAUGAUGUGGCCAUGUAAAUGUCGGUUUUCAUGACAUGGGCAGGCCUUUUGCUUGAGGGAACUCGAGAUGUAAAAUGAUGGCUCAUUGACAUGACUCGCGCACUAAAUUGAGUAGAGGGACAUGAAAGCCGCUGGAGACUCAGACAAUGUUUGCUGCCUGGCGAAUAUUCACCUCUCCAAGACUUAGGGAGCUAUGCUUGUAAAGGACAACAAUUCUUGGAAACUGGCUGCUCAGAAAUACAGUUUAGAAAUCUCACAGAUGUUGAAAAGCAUGCUCCCCCCUUGUUGCGCAUAUGCAUGGCCAUGGAAUUUCGACAAGCACACACGGAGAACAUUUCUGGAAGAGGCAACUUUACAAUUGGUAGUUUAGCGAUCGGGUAACUUUCCAUCAGCAUUUACACGCACUGUAUAGUUUUCUCUGGAUGUGUUAGUUGAAAAGGGGCGGUGCAUGUUGUGAGCAGCAAUUUUGCAAUAGUAUCCAUCAGAGUUUGAAGUAUAAACACAUUUUUUGAAUAGCCUGAAAAUAGAUCUUACAGCA